CGUUUCUUCCGGUUCUGCGCCCCCAACCUCCCUUCGCGCCCCUCCUACCUGCAGCUCCUGGGGCUCCGCGGGACUAACUGCCCGGCGCAGAACCCGACCACCGAGCCCCGCCCCCUGCACCGGUCUGUUCCCUAGGGCACUGAACUGGGCUCUUGACGGGCAUCAUCUCUUAACCCUCAGAACAUCCCGGGGAGCUCCACAGGGUCUGGUGUCCUGGGCCAUGAGUGAGCUGAAGGACUGCCCCUUGCAGUUCCACGACUUCAAGUCUGUGGACCACCUGAAGGUCUGUCCCCGUUACACGGCAGUGCUGGCCCGCUCUGAGGAUGAUGGCAUCGGCAUCGAGGAGCUGGACACUCUGCAGCUGGAGCUGGAGACCCUGCUUUCCUCUGCCAGCAGGCGCCUGCGAGUGCUCGAGGCUGAAACCCAGAUCCUCACUGAUUGGCAGGAUAAGAAAGGUGACCGACGAUUCCUGAAGCUUGGUCGAGACCAUGAGCUUGGAGCUCCCCCCAAACACGGGAAGCCUAAGAAGCAGAAACUGGAAGGGAAGGCAGGACAUGGGCCAGGCCCUGGCCCCGGACGGCCCAAAUCCAAAAACCUGCAGCCCAAGAUCCAGGAAUAUGAAUUCACUGAUGACCCAAUUGACGUGCCACGGAUCCCCAAGAAUGACGCCCCUAACAGGUUCUGGGCUUCGGUGGAGCCCUACUGUGCAGAUAUCACCAGCGAGGAGGUGCGCACGCUAGAGGAACUGCUGAAGCCCCCAGAAGACGAGGCUGAGCAUUACAAGAUCCCACCCCUGGGGAAGCACUACUCUCAACGCUGGGCACAGGAGGAUCUGCUGGAGGAGCAGAAGGACGGGGCCCGGGCAGCAGCCGUGGCUGACAAGAAGAAAGGCCUCAUGGGGCCACUGACUGAACUGGACACUAAAGACGUGGAUGCCCUGCUGAAGAAGUCUGAGGCCCAGCAUGAGCAGCCAGAAGAUGGGUGCCCCUUUGGUGCUCUGACGCAGCGCCUCCUGCAGGCCCUGGUGGAGGAAAAUAUCAUUUCCCCAAUGGAGGACUCUCCUAUUCCUGACAUGUCUGGGAAAGAAUCGGGGGCUGAUGGCGCAAGCACCUCUCCGCGCAAUCAGAAUAAGCCCUUCAGUGUGCCACAUACCAAGUCCCUGGAAAGCCGCAUCAAGGAGGAGCUCAUUGCCCAGGGCCUCCUGGAGUCUGAGGAGCGCCCUGUAGAGGACUCGGAGGAUGAGGUCCUCGCGGAGCUGCGCAAACGGCAGGCUGAGUUGAAGGCACUUAGUGCCCACAACCGCACCAAGAAGCAUGACCUGCUGAGGCUGGCAAAGGAGGAGGUGAGCCGCCAGGAGCUGAGGCAGCGGGUCCGCAUGGCAGACAAUGAGGUCAUGGAUGCCUUCCGCAAGAUCAUGGCUGCCCGGCAGAAGAAGCGGACCCCCACCAAGAAGGAGAAGGACCAGGCCUGGAAGACUCUAAAGGAGCGCGAGAGCAUCCUAAAGCUACUGGAUGGGUAGCCUGCACCCUUGCCUCAGGCUGCCUCCUCCUGGCCUGGGUGAGGGAGUGAGGGGAGGCCCACUUCCUUCUUUGGGCUGCCAGAAGUCUCGGCCUGUGGCUGCCUGUCAGAUGUCAAAUAGUGACAGCCUUUAGAGGUUGUGGUCCUUCCCUGAGGUCUUUUGGCCUAGCUCUGUACAGCCAGGACACAGGAGGCCCUGCUGGGCUGGCCUGGGGCCCAGUCUCUGCUUGGUCCCCAGAAUGAUGGGGUCCUUCAUUCUGGGCGGUCCUCUUCACCCUCUUCACCAUCCCCCACUCCGCCCCCCCUUGUCUUCCUUAAGGACUUCUCCCUUGUGGUUUUGUAAAGUGCAAACUUAAGAAUAAAGUGACUGCUGUGGUUUUUAAAAAAGCA